GGACCACUCCUCCUCAGAAUGGCGCGCUUCUCGCCGACGCGCACUUGGCCCGCGUCGCGCUGGCCGAGUCACGCGCGCUGCAGGCGGCCUCUUGGGGGCGAAGACCACCUUGACCAAGAAAAGCGCUUUCCGCAUCUGCAGGAAAGAAGGGCGCCGCGCUUUUAAAAGCGCCGCCGCAGACGCCGCGACACCCCACUCGAACGGAGAGACAGGCCGCAUCCCACCACGAAGGAAACGCCGGGGCCGAUGCCCGCGCGCCGCGGCAUCUUGUCGUCGUCGAUCCACGAUGCGGUGUCCUAAGCGCGCCCGUCAGAACCGGGGCGAUGCCGCCACUCCGGUCGUCGUCGCGUUCUUGCUUUUGUCCGUCUUCGCGGGUGGUGUGUGUGAAGCGUCUCCUCCGCCACCCACGACGCCUCAGGCGAUCGCCGGCGACAGUGGCGCUGUGACGGAAGCCAAGCCGCGUGAGGCCUCACAGGACCGCGGCAGUGCCGCCUACGAUGUCCAGGCCGACUGGGAAGUGCUCGAGCGCAAGCUCUCGAGCCUUACCAACGGGGCGCUGGACCAGCUGUUGCCGGAGUUGACGACGCUAGUAGCCGGGCUCGACCUGAACACGGACUGCUUUCUCUCCCUAUUGCGAGUCAUCGGAGGAUUGCGCAAGCUCAACCUGGAAAGCAUAAGAAUGCUAGAUUCGUCCAGCAAGCUUCCCGCUGGCAUUCUGGAGGGCACGGUAACGGACCUAGGCGAUUACGACACCUGUUUGGACCUGAGCUUCCCCAACCGCUUCGAGAACCAGUUGGAAGACUUCCGAGGACAGUACUGCGGGGUAGCUGUUCGAUUCCCGCUGCCCGAGAAGCCCGAGGUCAUUCGACACGGCGCCGUCAUUGUGAAUCCCGCUGGCUUUCCCGACACCAGCGUUAUCAAGUACCUGGCCCGCAAGUCCUACACCCUGUAUCACACUUUCAUCCGCUUAGGCCUCUGCCUUCCUAGUCAUUGCACAGAAGAGGAUGUACAAAAACUCAUCAGUCCAAUUAAGACAUACCUUCACCUCAACGCCACGGUGCUGAACUGCCAAGUUAGAGAAGACAACCACAAGAUGAACAAAGACCAGGUAGCCGCAAUAGCGAUUAUUGGCUUCUUCGUCGUGAUAAUCUUCCUGGCCACCAUGGCCGACAUCGGCUACCGGCUGUUCGAAAACUGGAGAUGCCACGCUUAUAUGAAAAAGCCGAUGGUACAGUCGCUGGUGGACAUGUCCCUCCUGAGAGCCACCCAGAAGCUGCUUACAGUAAACACCCCUGAUGACCUCCACAACAGGAACCUGCAGGCUGUUCACGGUAUCCGCACGUUCAACGUCUUCUGGAUUGUCGUCGGGCACACCUAUGCCUUCGCCGAGCAGAUCACAUACCGCUCUGGAAAUAACAUUCUGAGUAUGGCUGGAAAUGUGCUGUUCCAGCCCGUGAUCAACUCAUUCCUCUGUGUCGACUCAUUCUUUUUUCUUAGUGGAUUCCUCCUCACUUUCAACCAGUGCAAGAUCCCCGUCAGGACGGCACCCGUCGUUGACUUUCUUGGUAAACUUCUGGCUCGUUACUGGAGGUUGGUGCCGGUGGCUGCGGUUUGCAUGACGGUGCUGUUUCUGCUUCCGGAGCUGGCGUCUGGUCCCAUCUGGAACGAGAAGGUGGCACGGGCCAUUGGCAACUGCCACCGCUCCUGGUGGUCCGUGCUGCUCAACAUACACAAUUUCUACUCCUACGAGGAAUCGUGUCAACCCCACUACUGGUACAUCAGCGCUGACCUACAGAUAUUUCCUGUGGUGCUUGUGACAUCUAUACUUAUGGGCAGGAACGUCAAGCUAGGCGUCAUCAUCUCAGCCAGCAUCCUGGUCGUAAGCGUCGUGGUCGUUGGCGCUCUUACCUACGUCAACAGCUACCCACCGGCCAUCCUGCUACUCGGCAAGGACGUGCUAUACUCCAAGGAACUGUUAUCGGAGAUCUACUUCCGGCCCUACGUGCACAUUGGUCCAUACCUGAUAGGCUCACUGGUGGCUUGCCUGUACCUCAAGCGCCAACACAUCCGCCUCCCACCCUUGCUGGAGCUUCUGGGCUGGCUAGCGUGCGUGGCGACCGGGGCCUACGUCAACCUGGUGACGGUGGCCUGGGAAGACGGCCGCUACCCGAGUGCUCUGUGGUCGAGCACUUACGCCGCUCUUCACCGGGUGCUGUGGGCAGCCUGCCUCGGCUGGGUGGUCUACGCGUGCGCCAUCGGCAGGGGAGGGAUCAUCAACACCAUCCUUUCUUGGAAACCUCUAGUUCCAGUUAGCCGUAUCUCGUUCACUAUUUAUGUUGUACACAUAUACGUUAUUUACCUCAAGUUGUGGACCAUUCGGGAACGAUUAAGCCCCGACCAUUUCCAUGUGUUCAUGUCGGCCAUCUCCAACUUCGUGGUGGCCGUAAUACUGGGCUUCGUGGCGUCUGUGGUGGUCGAAAAGCCCAUCGUCUGGUUCUGGGACAACGUGACCGGCUCACACAAGCCGCCCCGUGUCAGCCAGCACGUUGUCACCAAGCAGCCGCCGCAAGAAACGGCAAGCCCGGCCACGAACGGUGUCAAGAAGGAGCCCGUGUAGAAGAAAUUCUCUCAACUACUCAAUAGUGCUUGAACAGUGUGCAGCUGUGGUGCUACUGUGGAUGUUUCGGGUUUUGCCUUUUUUGUUCUCAGUGGACGUCACAACGCCUCUAUGUGCUAGGACGCCAAGUACUCGACAUGCCAAUCGCAUUGUGUUUAGAGCAAAAGCAAGAAAAAUAAAUGAAGCGGAUGCUCCAGACUGCACCAACAAAUGCCCACAUUUCACAAAUAUGUGUAUUGUGCGCGCGCUGCUUCAUUUCCUUUCGAACUUCAGCAACAUCAAGCCCACUGAACACCUUAAAGCUUGACACACCUCAAACUAUAGGAAACACGGGUUACAGUAUGAGAAGACGGUCACGCCAUAGCAUUCUGCCUUGAAAUAUUGACAAGCAGAAGUAUUCCCUUAAGUUGCUGAUGAGCAUCUCUCACGCGAAGUUCCCCUGACGCCGCUCUUUACGGAUUGCGAUAACGCUUCGAGUGGCCCGUGUUGUCGAAACACUUAUAGUGCAGUCGGCGUUGUCUAUGAUGGUGCAUCGGGCUUUAACGUGCCACAAAUUAUUCCCCAUAUCGUCAGACGCGACAAUAUGCAUCGCAAGCCUUCACGUCACUCAGAAGUAUCCCACCAGCAUAGAUGCUGCGAACGACCCCUACGAUUUUCGACCAUAUCGUGCAAACUUCGCAGUUGCAGACAACUUGUUUGCAAAUACCUUCGCGUAAAAUCCUUUUUGAGGUAGCGAUGAACAGAUGGAGGGUUUAGAUGUGCGUGACAUGUUUUCCACGAGUGUUCUAUUGCAUAACCUUGAGUGGAGUAAUAUCCUAUAGAAAUCGCGCUCGCUCGUAACCCAGUACGACAUAGCACUUAAAGUGGCCACAUCAUCUGUAAUUCCAAUGCAUUUACGAUACCACCUAUUGUUACGAACUGGGAUGCUUCUAUUCGUUUCCAAACUUAUUCGAAAUCUUUACCUCCGUAUUUAUAAUACUGGUUCUCGGGAACAGAAAAUUUCUUGCGAGCAUAGUAUUGUACUGAAAGUAUGCUACUUUUUUUGGCCGGACGCAUCUACUUGCCUUAGGCACGUUUCUUUCCAUAUUACUCGACACGCUUUCUAUAACUUGACAUGAAAACACGACAGGAUGGGAUAGGAAUAAAGAGUGUGCUGAGUAAUUUUUUUUUUUUGAUGCUGCCAUAACGUGCUCAAUUACAGCUUCUCUAGACAUUUUUACUUAUCUUUGUCUUCUGACGUGUUUGUAUGUGUCGCAUUUCAAUUAUAUUAAAAUAUUGUUACACUGCA